UCCGCCGAUUUAUGCUCUCAGCCGUUUGUGUUUAUCAGUUGUAACGGAUAUUUGAUUUAUCUCUAUAUCUAUUAGUUUAUGCUUAAUAUUGAGAUUAUUUUCUAACGACAUGACGCUCGUUAUUACUCAGGAAAUGUUGGACAAAUUGAAUCAUGAAAUUCACGAGAUUCGCAUACGAACGUUGCACGACGUAGAAAAUAAAGUGAAACAAAGCUUAUGGCAGAGCCAGGACCUCAAGUUCAAGCCUACAUCGCUAGUAAAGAAUCUUAUUCGUUGGUUCGGAAAUGUCCCCAUUAGUGAGGAAACGGCAGUGCUGGAGUUAUUAUCUCUACUAUUAAAGAGUAAACAUGGCCCAAACAUCGUCAAUCACUUCACCAGCAAUCGAUUAUUGAAAGAACUAGGCAAAAUUAAAUAUUUAAUAGGAUCAAACCACGCACUGUCCGAGCUGGUGGACAAUAUUGUCCAACAAGUGCACAACGUACAGCAGAUAGAACAAAUACAACCUAAUCCGGAAAGUAUUGCUGAGAGUCUCGCCAGUUUAAAAGUCGACUGUAUAGAUUUAACCGCUUCCCCCAGAGAGAGUGUUGGUGUUAAUCAAGAACAGAUUAAACGUAAUCCCAACUAUUACACAAAAUGCUGGGAAGUUCCGUUAUCUUCGGAUGCAAAAACAUUAAGAGAACUAAAUUCAUCCUUGCAACCCGAUGGUGACGAGAAAGAUAUUCAUCAUGCUUACAGUUAUUUAGUGCCUUCUAUAAAUGAUUAUCCAGCGGAAUUCUUUUUACAGCCUCCAUACAUUUUUCAUUCACUGGUUAAAUUAUUGGAGAUGAGGAAGGCGAGUAUUCAAACUACUGUUGAAAUAUUCCAUCGAUUAACGAUGUCAAUUCAAAAGCGACUGAAGUCACUAGAACUAACCAGCAUGUAUACUUUCCAAAAUCAUUCUCGAGACGGAAAACAUGUUCAAAUCUCUGUUUCCGCUUACGUACAUGAACUUUUUCUCCUCGGAAUAGUCUGUCUAAAGGAAAUAUCAGAUAAUCCGGAUCUGCAGGAUUCAAAUAAAAUAUUUAACCUGUUUUACGAACUGAUUGAAUUGGGUUCUAGUCGAACUCUAGAAAAGUUUCUAUUUCUGGAAAUUCGGCACGAGCUGGGUUUUCUCGCAAAACACUUUCGUCAAAAUUGGGAAGCAAACUCCAAGUGUUUCUCAGCCAGAACAAAGUAUCUAGUGACUAUCAAUAUCAUGUCGACGUUUCUACGUCGUUUCAAUCCAGCAGAGCAUGUUGAGCAUGUUGAGCCAGUUGUCGAUGAUACCUGCUUCCCACACAAACCGCAUAAUCCGGCUGAAUUGGAAACGAUAAACUCAAUCAACCAUCUGAGAUCCCUGGGAGAAGGAGAUCGAAACUGGUUUCAUGAAUUACAAAUAGCGGCUCUGGAUUAUCCUAUGAAGCAUAUGUAUCCAUCGAUUUACGAACCUGUGCUACAGCAGGCACUUAGAGAAGACAAUCGUAAGCUGCAAAUAUUGCUCAGUGCAGAUGAAAUAUUCGCUUCGGCGGUUUCUAUUCUUCGACAGCCAGCGGCCCUGUCUGAUGAAGAGCUGAUAUUCAGGGGUCUGGAAGCGAUCGAUACACUGUAUCUUCAUCGAUCUGUCGAAAUGGCGAAGCUGAUGAUAAAAGCUGUCGGAAACUGUUACUGUUUUUUCGAAGGAAACCCAAAACUAAAAGAGGCGGCCGAAAAGCUAGUUUUGCGAUUACUCUCCCAUACGGAGCCGACUGUCAAAUGUGCUGCCUACGAUCAGUGCAAUAAUGUGAUCAAAGAAUUUAUCAGUUGCCUGGACGAAGGAGCUAUCCUGACACAUAGACGAAGCUUUCCUAAAAUGAAAGGUAAACUGCACUCAUUAGGUAUUCCUCUGACGGUAGAAAUUCUUGUCGAAGUUAUUUGCUUCGGCUGCAGCAGUGUCAACGAAAAGAUUCAACAGCGAGCCGAAACUAUUCUAUUGUUUGUAUUGAACUCCAGAACGUUUCUGCUAGAUCGGUGGAUCGAUUUGCUGGACAUCAUCCUUCCCGUGAUGCCGCUGCUUCAAACGGUAGCCAUCAGCAAGAAACAUUCCACCCUUUCCCGUGCUAUCAUCGGCCUUCUACAUCCGGAUUCGGGACUUCCCAUGAGCGACCUUAUUCGAGGCAACCUACGCUUCCUCUUCCAAGAUGAUACCGAUCUCCGGGAGGAAGCACUAACACGUGUCCUUUUCAUUAUCAGUGGCACCAACAAUAGUCAACAUUAUUCUCCAAACAUUGAACAUAUCCGGGACACCAUUUCCAAUGCAAUAUGCCUAGUGAAAUCGAAGUAUGAUGUAGCAAAACAUCUAUCGAACGACGUAUACGAGUUGAGUGCCAUCAAACCGCUGCUCGAUACACUGGAACAGGAAAAUUCCGAUCCAGCAAUUCGGCGCAGUACUCUAAUUCAGUUAAACCUAAUGGCUGAAGACCCCUGCCUUUGCGAGAUCAUGCAUCAAGCUAAUGGGUGGGCAUUUGUAUUAAAAGCUCUGGACAACGCUCUGCGAGAGGAACAUUCCCUUGAUUAUCCGGAUAGCGCGGUACCUGCGAUCGGUAUUCUCACUAAGUUGUGCUUUUCGAUUCCCGAGUUCAGUCGGUUUCUGGCAGACAAUGUGAACGUGUUUAAUUUGGUGAUACGGGCUCUGCUUGCGUAUCAUCAUUUACCGGUAUUCAAGAAGGAUUGCUGUUCGUUAUUGUUUCUACUGUUAUUCAGUGGCUACACAACAGGCUGUGGGAAGGCAAUUUCCCUACCGGCCAUAUGCAAUUACUACAGCAUCCCGUACGUAUGCGAAUUUCACUGGAAAUGUAGCCCGUUCAAUGAAAUGAGCCUUCUGGAAGAAAUUUUCCUCGAGAGAGUGAGUGGUAUAGAAGAAACAGGAUUUUCUGCACUUGAUCCGAUGCGGGACAACAGUGUUCGCAUGGUCAAAAGAACCUGUGGAAUUGAGUGUGCAACAUCUUGGAGUAGGAACAAUGUUCUUAUCAGCAAUGAAAGCCUAAAUCAAACAAAUGGAAAUUUCGGAAAUAUGGACAACUACCGCCAGGUUGCAUGGCGGUUUUUACGGCUAGCGUUUGCCUGUCAGUGGUUUGAUGCUUUCGAGAACAUUCUAGUGAAUUCCCAAAAAUGUCGGCAGUCCCCAAACACAGACAGAGAUCGUGUGCUGGAUUAUAGCAUUCUUCCUCCGCACCUGGUCAUCGCAAAACACAACGAGGAUGGAGAGAUAAUAGAUUUGGACGAUCACUGCCUGCAGUUCGAUCAGAUGCUCAAAAUAACUAGAACCGAUAUAAACAUGAUCAAAACUUCCCACGUAGAUGACAUAUUUCGGAACAAUCUGAAAAAUAUUGCAUCUGCUUCGUCCCAUGCGGAGGUGUCCAUUGGACUGUCCGGCUUGGAGUGUAAUCUGAUUCUACCAAUGCAGGAACAAAUUAUGCAUAACUCCAUCGUGAAACACCUGAAAAAGUUUAUACUUACAUCCCCAAACACGCCUGCCGACGAGAGAUUGCUUAUUGCCGUCAUUGGACUGCUGGGGGAUUUGAUACAAAUUGGUUACGAGAACGUACUGGUCUGGAUUGUUACUUUACUUUUCGAACAGACUAGUGUCUUCAUUCAGCUUUUGAAAUCGGACACCUGUUCCAGCGAUUUGUUCAUGAGGAAUGCCGAUUUCAUUAAAAUCACUCUGCAAGAAGCACUGUCUUGCGAAAAUCCGAACGUAACGUGUCUGCUAACCAACGAGAAAAGCUAUCAGAUGAAAAUAAAAAAAGAGCACAACUUCAAUCUGUUGAAUAAACUUUUCGAAAUCAUCAUUGAUCGACUAGACACCGAUCUACAGAAAUGUGAUCUCUUGCGAAUCUUAUCGUUAAUCGGUUUAGCACGAGUUGUUAUCCACAGCGGCCUGAUCGAGUUUGAUAGUAAAUUUUUCAACCAUGUGGUUAACAAGCUUUGUUCCUACAUAAACCUUAUUCGAUCGAUCACAUAUUCAGGUUCGACUAUAACCAAAAACUGUCUACUCAUUAUGUCAUUCAUCCUUGACCAAACAAAAGAGGUACAUCUUAAAGCGAAAAACUACAGAGUCUUAUCGAUGCAGUGCAGUCACACCAGCACUCUAAUCCGGUCAUGCACCUGGAAUGUCCUGGCCAAAAUUGCGAAGUCCCUAUCGGGAGCGCAUUCAAUCAUCAAGGAAUGUGGCUAUCUACCGGGAGGAAUCCACGCGUGUUGUAUAAACACUUUACUCGACCCGGAGGAAGCUGGGCUGGUUAAAGAAUCCGCAGCGGGUCUGCUGAUAAAUCUGCUCACACAUAGACUGGAUAAAGAUGGACCGUUGCAUAAGUUCAUGCUUCCAUUUGACAAGGAAAGUAAUUGCCAGCUUGAUGCCGAUCCGUUACAAACCGUACUAGUGAUACUGAGAAAAUAUCGGUUUGUCGAGCAGGCACUGGAAUCGCUUCAGUGUUUUACCACUCUAGACGAUAUGAGUGUGGAGGAACUCGACGGCGUUCAGAUUGUGACUUGUGACGUGGUGAAAAGUUACAGUAUGAUUUUCAGUAGUCUGUUGGAUUUGAAACCGCAACUGAUGGACGUUUUGGUAGAGAAGUGUUGCCUGCAACGUUUGAUGAACUGUGUAUCGAAGGUUCCUCUUCACCCAAGUCGAUCGGCAUUCCGGAUGGUAUCGGAGAUUUGCAAUCUGCUUCAGAGAUGUUUGAAGAUUAGCAACGAAGAAAUCUGUGAACUCAUCACACAAUACCAGGCCGUAAUUGGUGGCAUUGUUUACCUUUUAAAUCCAACGUUAUACAACGAUGGCAAUGAAGACAUAAUGUACGAAGUAACAAGCAACAUUAUGAACCUACUCUUUGCAUUUACCAUGCACAAAAUCGGUCAUCAACUGAUUAUAUAUGUUUUGACCGAGUUUAGGUUGGAACCAUUAGUUCAAUUGAUUGUACAAGGAGUUUCCAAAAAUGAACGGAAAGACUACCAAAUCGUCUGCCUUCGAUUUCUCACUAUGUUAAUUAUCGCGUCCGGUGUACCGACGGCUUCGAUCUCGGAAUCCACAUCCUUCCUCGGAUUAAUGGAAACUGUGCGAUUAGAUUCAAACGAGGACAUCAAACAGAGUGUCGGAAAUCGAUCGCUCACUGGCAAAGAUCAAUGCAUCAAACCACUGGAACGAGUAUAUAACGGAUUUUCUUCAGAUGAUGACCAAGAAAACCAAAAUCCAAACAGUAGGCAUUUUGUCAUCAAAUCUACCAGGAAAGAGCUUGGAACAGCAACAUACACAACAGGCGCAGAACUGAUAUUUGCAACACUAAUCGAGCAAUUCCGCAUCGUAACCGCCAAAGAUAAGCCGGAGAACGGAGCAUUAGUUUCUACUCUACAAAAGCGAACAUUGUAUUCUGCAAUUCAAGUUUUCCUUCAUCGUUCAGAAAUAGCCAAACGAGUAGCGCGUAGUUCUAAAUUCCUAGAUAUGCUAAUCGAGCGUUUAGAAUGCGUAUACAAUGGAAUUGGUCUCAGUUAUCAAGAUUUCGUAAGGAAAAAUGGUGAGAACAAAAAAGCUCCGAUUGUGGCAGAACUUUCUUCUAUUGCUGGCAUGCUAUCGGCCUGGUUUCAGAACGACAUUCUCGUGCAUCAGGCCAACAUCUUCCGUAUAUGCAAAUUGUUUCUUCAGUUGUGGCCCUGGAUAAGCAACAACCGGGAUAUGGAAAAUGAGUUCAUGAAAGCACUGGUUUGCCUGACAGAAAAGUCGAUCAUCGUUUGCCGAAGUCUUCCAAUAACAUACCCUGGACAUCCGCAUUCCAUUCUGAAGCUAACGAUAGCGAUAGCCACGGCCGAAACUGGGAGAGUGAAGGGACCGAAUUGUGAACUCACACUACUUAGACUAUGCCUGAGGAUACUGAUUAACUGUUGUGCUUGUCAAGAGGGUCGUACGGUUAUUGCUAAAUUCAAUGUGCUAGACAAUAUUAGCAAAUUACAUCCCGUUGUGACCAAGCUCCAAAAACCGUGGGUUUCAGUCACGAAACUUUGGCUAGAGUUUUGGGAAAUCUACACCAGGCAUAAUGACGUUACGGCGGUUAAAAACCUCACCGUACUGGGAGCCCUUAUUCGAAAAUCAACGCCCGAGCUUCGUCGCCUAUCACUGGAAAUCAUGCGGAAUAUGUCGUUUGUGACGAGCAAUCGAGCUGCUCUGCUCGCCUCCAACGACUACAUGCACGCACUGAAAGUUGUCCUAGACGGAACAGAAACCACGGAACAGAUGAUUGUGAUUUCUUCCAUAUGGAAGGUGAUUGCCAACAAUCAUAAAGGUAAAAGCGCAAUUAAAAGUACUCCUAUUCCUAGAAGACUGAGUGCAUUGCUGAAGCAACGAUCGUUGCUGGAACAAUGUGAGGAAGAUGAUCUGUAUAACAGUUUAAGUAUUGUGGUUCAAUUACUAUACACUUAG